AUUCAUACCAAGCAAAAAAGUAUUUGAAUAUUGCGAUUUAAGACCUGUAAUUUGUCAUUUCCUUUGCUCUAAGAAAACUGAACAUAAAUAAAUGAAUUUCGGUAUGUUUCAAAUGAUUUUGAAAGGAAAUGAAAAUGAAAAUUUAAUAUCUGUCCAUUACUAAGAGAAACUUAAGAAAAAGGGAUAUUAUACAAAAAAAAAAAUAUAGAUCUUUUAAUAAGAAGUAAAUCAACAACUCGGCUCAUAAUUAAAGAGUUCAAUAAUAAUGAGAAUAUUGCGAUUAAACCAUCAUCCUGACAUCAGAAGAUAUUAACACCGAGAGAAGAGAAAUCAGUUCUUUGCGACAUAGAAAACAUUAUUCUUUACCAGCAUCAAGUUUGGUAUUAAAAUCAUUACUACAACAAACUAUGAGAAAAAAGCAUAUGUAUAAUUAUGCCAGCAAACUUUAUGGAAGGACAAUAUUAUUAAAAAAGAAAGAUUAUUCUACAUUUGAAGAAUCACUCAGUAUAUUACAAAAUUAUGCUGCGACUAAAGGGUUGAUAGAUGAAGAUAUCGAUUUGUUAGCAGAUAUUAUUAUAAAUACAGAAUUAGUAUGUUUGAUAGGUGCUACUAAAUUAGUAUCCUUGGCAAAGUGUUUAGUUCCAAGGCACGAGAUACCCGAACGCACAGUUAAGUCUCUUAUUUCUUGGUGCCUAGCGUCUAUAAAUGAACUGCCUAUUACUGUAUCCACUAUUAUUAUACAAUGGACAGUUGGCAUAUUGGACUAUCAACUAAUAGAUAAAAAAGUUAUAAAUAUAUAUUACAGCGUCUUCUUUUAUAUGAUGUUGAAAAAGGAAAGACUGGAAAGACAUAUAGCACGUAUCAUUUAUGUAUUAACAAAACCAGAGGAUGUAACUCGCAGAGAUAUAUCUAGAUUACUGAAUCUUCAUCAAAAAUAUUCGAAACCUCGUAAACAUAUUAUUGUCUUAUUGUCAUUAUUCAAAUCUUACAAACCAGAAUUAGUUCCUGAAAAAAUUCAGUCUAUAAAUACAGAAAGUGUAUGGAAACCAAUACCUGAAAUUUUGCGAUUAAUGCUUCAAGAUGCGAAAAGUCGUUUAGAGAUUCAACAAACACAGGACUUACAUUCAGAGUGUUUUAACUGGAAUGUAUUUGAGUUUAUGAAAACAAAGAAGACUGUAGCACCUCUGUUACCACCUGUAGGAUAUUUUCAAAUUGGCUCUAAUAUUUUCAGAGAAAAGGAUACAAAAUCUAUCUUUGAGAUUUCUAGUACAGAAGAACUGGGAAAAUUGCACUUAAGUGUAGAAUUACCGUGUAAUGCCAUAUCACUUUUGUCUAAUAUUGCCGGGUACCAUCUUCUUACAUUUGCUGAUUUCCACUAUCAGAGUAGAUUCUCUUAUAAUCUCUACAAUACUUUAAUAAGAGCAUUUAUUUUGGAAAAUGAAAAAUUUUCUACAGAAGAAAUUAACAAAUUACUUGAUAUAACUAUAGAAUUUUCACAAUAUAUGCAACAAGAUAUACUUGUCGUUAAUCGUUUCCUCGAUGAAUAUCUGUAUUUUAAUACGGGGGAAUAUCAAUCAAAGUUACUAGUUCUAUUGCAAUGGAUGACGUCGGUGUCUAUUAGCGAUUUACAGGAAAAGAUAUUAGUUCAUGUACAAAAUAUGUUUUACGAAUCAACCUUAAGUAUGAAGUGUGAAAUUAUCAGAACAUUGAAAAUGUUGAUCACAAAUUUGUUUGUUAGUCAAGCAUUUGAAGAAUGCAGUCAUAAAACGCCUGCACCAUUUCUAGGACAAGGUGCAGUGGAUAAUUUAGAAGAGGCUAUUCCUAUUCUUACAAAAACCUCAAAAACCCUUAUCGUGUCUGGUUUAAACAUACAUUCGUACGAUAUUUUAUUACUCUCAGAAGCAUUAUCAUUUUAUGAGGAGAUUUGUAUAUUGGAAAAUCGAAGUACCGUAAUGUCGUUCACAUUAGCACCUCCUGCAGUAAUUUAUGGAGGUUUUAUUACGAGGCAUUGUGCGAUUUUGUCAAAAAUAUGCAAAUUGCUAUUGAGGUAUCGUAAUAGAAGUUUACAAUUAAAAAAUCGUAAGGUACAAAAGUUAUAUAAGAAAAAGUUUAACACUAUAUCUAUCUAUGCUCAAGACAUUGUUGAAGCAUUAUGGUAUAACGAGCCAUUUAAAAAACGCAGUAAUACGUACUUUUUAAGAGGUGUUCCAACGAAAGUGAUGGAAGAUUUAAAACAUUGCAAUCUAAAUUGCCUUUUAAAUAUUAGUAACCAUUAUGCCAUCUUACCUUACAAAUGUAUAUUGAACAAAACAGGACUGAGUAUUAACACAAGAGAGGCUGCUAUGAGCGUAGCAUUGUAUUAUUAUCCAACCGUAAGUGAAUUUCUUGAUAUAUUUCAAAAUUAACUGUAAUAAUAAAUCUAAAUAUUAAAAGGUAUGUACAUUAUUUCCGAAGAAAUACUCUUGAGAUGUAAUAAAUGUUUUUAGCUGUACGUUUUAUACAUUAAAACAAUAAUUUAUAAAGUUUGUAAUAAUAA